AAGCAGUUUGAGUGACAGGACAGCCAAGCGCAGACGAUGAGGUGAGUGUGGGAAAUGGAGAUAAAAGAAGAAGACAGAAUUGUGAGAGGCUAAACUGGGGCAAAGAAGAUGGAGGACGAUGACUAAACAGGUCAAAGAGGAAAAGCGACAUGAGGCUCCCAGAGACCGGAAACAAGUUAAUAAUCAGGUGACGGUACCCUGAGAUCUGACAGGAAAGCAGAGAUAUAAAUAAGAAGAGCAGUUGGUGCAAGAGUGUGCGCUCAGAGUCGAGUUUGUGUGACUGUUUGCGCCCUGGCUCGACUCCCGGGAGCAGACAUUUCUGAGCUGCCAAAGUUUGGCUGGGUCCACCGUCGUGCCAGGGUCAAUGUAGGCGCACACACAGACCUCGCCACUGAAACCAGGACAUGGUGGGGGGGAUAAGCCACCAACAACACGGUAGAGACAGAGCGGGACACAGUUGAGGUUCUACCAAACGGCUGAUGCCAUUUAAGAGAUAUGUGAGAGUUAAUGAGAAAAAUGCAGCAGGUAUAAACUGGGAUGGGAAUCGAUUAAGGAUAGAGAGAAUAGAAGGGAGGGGAGGAGAGGGGGGGGAGAGAGGGAGGAAAGGAAGAUCAACGAGCUCUGAGAGCGGCGAGGAUCAGCAGCGACAGAAUGAGACGGAGGGAGAUAGAGAGCGGUGAAGAGGUAGAGGAGAGCGCUGCUGAAGACUGAAGGACUAACAGACACAAGGGAGCCACACCGGGAACACAGGACAGGAGAAGGAUGAGGACCAGAGAGGAGCGCAAGAGAAGAAUAAAGCAGAAAAGUCCAAAGAAAUCAUCUGCUGAGGCACACCAGUGGGAAACUGGCUUCUAUGUUCAGUCAGAAACUAAAACAAAGUGGAUCUCGUCUGUGGAUAUUAUCAAUGCAUGAAGAAUAAAAGUUUAUUGAAAACAGGAUUGCUCUGUGAGGCAGAAAAACUGUUUUAAUCUGCACUCAAACACGGACACAUAGAAGAACAUUCCAGCUUCCUCUUGGAUGCUAUCCUCCUGAGGCUGGCUGAUGUCACUGCUUGCCUUCAUCCCUUUCAGCUCCUCCGGGGGCUGAGCCAACCUGCAGAGGAGCAUGGGCAGAAGAGUGGCUGACCCAAACAAUCCGGUGCCAGCUCUGGGGGUUCCUCUGGCAGGAGGGCAAUGGGGCCCGCUGUGCAGCGUUGGGGUGCAGACAUCUCCCAGACUGCGGACUCUCCCCUCCAUCAAACGACACAGCACCCAAACAACCAACAGAACUCAGCUACUUGCCAUGGCAACCGACAAAGCAAAGGAUGCAGAGACAGCAGGAGCAAUCAGAAGUGACAGCACCAGCCCGGCAGUGUCCAAGGAGACAUCUCAGAACGAGAUCAACAGCCUGACACAGGACGACAUGGGGUCACAGGGGUCAGGUAGUGGAGUUUAUUGCCAGAUCAAAACCACACGGACCAAUCCCAAAGACACAAAAGGCAGGAGGGCACCUCGAUAUGCAAAUGGGAGUGUGGUGGCGUCUGAUGUGGUGGGAGGGGUUUGCACUGAAGCCACAGACAGUAAGGAGAUGACCCAGGAGUGGAGAAGGGUGCAGUCUUUGAGAGGGGAAACCCAUCGCUCGGUAUCAAAGACGGUGAGCGCUCGAACGUCUGCACAAGCCAUAACGCCUCGGCCCUGUCGAGUAAUGACGAAUCCCCCACAGAGCCUUUGUGGGACAUGUGGGAGGAGACGGUCACAGAUCACGCCGUGCACAGGCGCCUGUCGCAGGAGGGUGGUCAGUCAAAUCACAGCAAGCCAGACCUUGCCUAAUCCACCACGAAAAGCAUCUGUGGCUGCAACACAGUCCCGGAAAGCCUCUGCAGCUCUGAGCUCUCAGUCAGGCACAAAAAACUCCCAGACGGUCGAUACACAGCACCACACAACAGCAAAGGCGGCUCAAGCACCACGCCUGUCACACACAAUACCAAAAACCAACAGUUCACACUCCAACCACACAACACAAGCGCAAAACAAAACAAGAGACUCAAAGAUGACACGGCCACAUUCUGCAGACUUUACUUAUUACAAAGACUCGGCUACGCAAACAACAGAAACACACAUGAACAAAAACACAGACGACAACACUCGCUUGCAAAAGACACUGUCAUCGACGAAAGAGGACACUAAAGUAGAUGCAGCUGAUGAAGACACCAACAAUUUGUGUCAAACACACAACACUGAAAGACAUGAAAACAUUUCCACCUGCAUCACCACCAAGCCUCAAGCCUCUUGCUUUCACAGUGACCCAAAAUCUAGAAGCACCCCACCUUUUCCAAACAUCCUCGACUGCACACCAGCCUCACCCACAGAUCAAACCAAAGACCAGGACACCACAAACACAUCCGAACAGUCCUCUGAGCCCAUCAAGUUCAAGGACUACACAACGCAGAAGAGCAAAUCCUUCGACGACCACAUUCUGCCUUGUAAGACUCAUGUGCAAGCACAAUGCAACGGAGCUCCAGGGGGACUGCCAGACGGACGUGCAGUGAACGCACCACGGGGGCUGGAGAGGCAGCUCCAGACUGUGGAGGAGAACUUGCUGUCCAACCAUGAGAAGAUAAAGGUGCUCCUCAACGUGAUUCAAGACCUGGAGAAGAGCAAGGCCUUCAGCGAAGGUCGCAAAUCCUACAGAACUGGUCAGGACAUCAACAACUGUCCCACCUGCCAGAAGACAGCCUGCAUCAUUUACAGUGUGGAGCAUGAUUUCCGACAGCAGGAGGGACGCUUCCAGGGGGUAAUGGAGGCCCUUGAGGGGGAAUAUGAGGCACCCGUAACAACUCUGACCAAACCCACACCAGCUCCGUCCUCCUCCACACGGCCCAGCGCCAAGGCACGUGUCAAGAAGCUGCGCAAAAAGUGCUUCUGGUGGCUGUGAAAUACACCAACCAUUACUCUGUGGUUUGCACAUUCUGCUGUGGAUUACAUCUCAAGAGGCUCGACUAUAAAGGAAAAACAAAAGUCUCGAGUGGAUGUGCAGUAUAAUUAAGUUUCAACUUGGAUGGGCUAUUUUUUUUGUUCUUUAUUUUUCUUUUUAGCAUCUCAAACUCUGUCAAAACACAUCAGCGGUGAGGCAGAGGAGAUGGAGAUGCGCUUAAGGAGGAAACGAGGACCAAAGCAGCGACAGAGUUCUUCUCAGACUGUUGAACAGGCUUGAAGAGCAGGACUUUACAAGCCUGUAAGUUCACUUCAAAUUGAAAGACACUAUCAGACGCAGAAAAGGCUUCGAGAUACCAGACUAUCUGUCGUUUCAAACUUUUAUCAAGCAACUUUCUAUACUGAUGGAUAGCUGUUUGUGAAGAAUUGAUACCAUUUUGUUAAAACAUUACAACACCAAGCAGGGAACACACUCGUUUUGAAGAUCCAAGGACAAAGCUGCUUGAAAUGCUAUUUUUUUUGAUGGCUUGGCCGCCAAAAUCUGAAUGUAGCAAAAAAUGAAUUUCUAUAGGAAUUUUCAGUUGAAAAGAAGAACAGUGACAGCAGAGAUGGCUCUCCGGAUCAUCAACAGUUUGCAAAGCAAAGUGGAGAAUGUACGAUGUUAACAUGACAAAGUGCUGGGCAGCCGAUCAAGAUCAACUGCUUUGGACACUUACGGAUUUUGUAAAACGAUGGCUGUCGACGUCAUUUUAUUAUUGAUUUCCAACCAGAAACGAAGUGUUUUCUGUAACUUCAAUCUUGUUUCAAAGAUGCUCAUACUCUCUCUUUCACACACAUGUGCACAAAACAUACAAAAUAAAAGAAUGAAAAAUGUAAGGUCACAAAUCCAAACAUAGAAAAAGCUCCAAAAAUGUACAUUUGGAAGUUGUCAUCAGUCCAGUUACAAUCCAAGACAAACUAGUGGUAGACAGCUUAUCAUUAGAAUAGCAAAUUUAUUAUUUUAAAGUAGUAUGAAUGUAACAAUAUUUGUAAAAUUUUACCAAUGAUUUUAGUAUGAUUUGAUCAAUUUGAUAUAGAUGAAAAAGAUUUCAUGGCUUUUACAACAAGGAUAACAACUGUAAGGACAGUGAUGUUUGCUUUAAAAAAGUGUUGAUGACCACCUCAAAAAAGAAAAAAAAAAGAAGCAAAAUUCUUCACAUGAAUUGACUAGUUUGGCAGAAUUCUAUGAAAAGAGUCUAAUAUUGAUGAUUUAUACCAUAAACUGAAGACCAAAAACAAUCAGUCAUUUAGCGUUUGAAAAACAAAGAAGAUAGUAAAUUUUUAUAGGGAUGAAUCCAUACGUUUUUGUUUUCAGCAUUCGUGUUGUAACCUCUAGUAGAAGCUACAACGGUCAAAUAGUUGUCACAAAUGCAUGAGUCAGCAAAACUCUUCUGAUUUAAAGAAAAAAAGAGAAAUAUUGAUCAAAAUCACCUUUUUUAAUAUAUUCAAACCCGAUGAUAAGCAAGACAGCAAGCUGAUUUAAAAUACAAAAAAAAUGUUUUAUCAAAACUUGAAACAACAUCAAUUAUUUGUGACCUUAUUCUCUCCCUCUAUCCAAACAGUUCUUUUUUGCACACAGGCACAACAUUUCUCAAGAAUUCCUCCACAGCACUUUAGAGCAUAACUACUAAUCUCAUAUGAGCCUACUUCAGCAUCCCCUGCUGACAUUUUGCCCCCAAUUAGACUCCAUGAUGGCACUACAAUUAGUAAUUACCCAAUCUAUAUUCAAAAUGCCUUGUCUUAGCAUUUUCAGAAGCUGUCCCUUGAAAACGUGUGAGCCUCCACAAAGCCCUACUUCUCCUGAUCUUCCACAUGUAUGUGCAAUAAAAGUGUAUUUUAAACAAAGGAAAAAACAUGUCUUCCCCCGUUUUAUUUUUAUUUUGUUAAAGAAGUGAACAGUUUACAUUCUCUUGUUUGGCAACAAAGUAUUUGUCUUUGAAGACAGGGUUAGAAGGAAUGUGAAAAAACAAGGAUGUACUUACAAUCAGGGCGUGCUCUCGACCCAUCGUGAUAACUGUCCGGUUGAUGAUCCUCAGCAAAGACACCACAAUGUCCUGAAUAUGUUGGAAUGUUUCUCCCUGAAAAAUACACAUAAAAGAAAGCAGAAAAGUAAAAAAAAAAAAAAAAAAAAAAGUAAAUGUCAAACACAUUUGCACAAUGGAAUCACGCAGAAACCUGAAACAAUGCAAAUGUGCUCUACCUAAAUUUAAUCAGGCUUUAUAGUUUUGUUUUAAGCAAUAUAUAAGAACUUUUCUGAUGAAAGGUUAGGCUUGUCAAGUUCUAUUUGUGUUAUCCUCCCAUAAACCUUCAGUGAGAAACAACUAAGUUUGCUCUGGCCAAAGUUUGACUCCGAUUUUUGGAGAAACAGUGGAUCAAACGAAACAAGAAAGAGAAUCCACAUGUGACGCUCCGAGUCGUUUCACUCUUCGAAAAUGAGCCUUAAAACAGAAAAUUCCCUUUAGUGUGGACACGCAAAAGGCUCGAGACAUGCAUGGAUUUCUUUCUGCACAGACCUGCUUUCCUUUCCUCACAUCUCAAUUCUCUUUGAGGCCAGUUUCAGACAGAGUUUGUAUUUCCUUUUUUUUUUUUCUCUAUUCAGAAGGAAGCAUAAAAGCACGAGAUCUUUUUUUUUUUUCUUUGGCAAUUCAAACCAUUACAAAAUUGAUUCGGGUUAAAAAGCAUUCUAUCGUUAAUGGAUUAUUUUAAUCAGAUUCUGAUUCUGUUCAAAAGGGUCUUUGGCAUGGUGCCAUGACUGUGACAGUCCCGAGAAAGUGUGAGCUGAUUGAAGCCAAACGCUACGGUGACAAUAUGGAGAAACGUGCUGAGAUGCCAAAAUGAAGUGUGUUUGUCAGCUUUAGGGCUGCAUUAACAACAAAGCCUCCCAUUUACAGCUUCGUCAUUACCACAGCGACCAACAGUUUGUGAUGUCUGGACACAUUUAUCUGCAUUAUCUCCCAAAUUACAUAGCACACCAUCUGUACAAAGAUCUGAGUUGGGAAACAAAAAGAAAGCUUCACAGUUGUUGUUGAGGUACUCUGUUCAUUGAAAAACAGUUUGCUAAACUGCAGUUUUUAUUUCUUUGUAAUGUUUAUGGAGGUAAAAGAAAUCUGGGCACCAUUGUAUAUGGUAUAUGGAGCAGAAUUUGAGAGAAAGACAAAGUCAAAGGGAAAUUUGAGGUUCCUUUUCUUCACUUUUUCUUUUAUUGACUGAAAACCUUGCUUAACUUUUUUAGGUGUAACUCGAACCAGUCAGGUGACUCCAGCAUGAGGUGAAUAAAACAAACAACCCUCAAAUCUAAUAUUAUUACUCAUUUCAUACUCAGUGCGAGAAGGCCUUGGUUCGAUUCCGACUGGAACCUUUCUGGAGUUUUCAUGUUCUCCCUGUGGAUGUGUGGGUUUUCUCCAGUAGGUUCCACUCUGUUAAUGAAGUGGUGAUAUUAAAUUGUCUCUAGGUGUGAAUGUGAGCGUCUUCACCCAACAGUCGCAGGGUUUGGUGCUAGCAACCCUAUAACCCCAAAAGGGAUUCAGGGGGCCUCACUUAAUGGAUGAAUGAAUGGAUUGAAGUAAAAAACAUUCAAGUCUAACACAAAGGCAGAUGUGGAACUUUAAAGGAUUUGACGAAUACACUUUUUUUGGGAAAAUAAUUAACACAAACAACCUCUCUAAGAGGUUUGUGUACACAUACACACACAGACACACAAACACAGGGCAAGCAGACAUGAACACAAUACAUCCAGGGCAACAAAAGGUGACUUCCUUGGGGGUUUCAGCUCAUUAGCGAAGUAUCUGCAUAUCCAAAUAUACCUUACCACAAAUGCUGUACAGCUCAUUCCCUCUUUGUUGUAAUAACCUGACCCAGAUAUGCAUCUGGAAUUGAAUUUUAAGGUAAAAUAAACCGUGGCCAUUGUACUUUUAGGAGGUAGUGGGUUUAAGGGGGUUGAGAACUGACAUGUAUACCAGACUGCUUAUAGUAGGAUUUUUAUUGAUGUCUUUGACAAGUUGGUAGCUAUAGAAGUUUAAAUUUACAGUUUUAUAAAAGAUGAUCAGACAGCGAGGAGGUUUCAAAAAGUCUGUAUUUUUACAGAUGAAUAGGUUCUGGCUCGAGGAUAGAUGAUUUGAUGGACCUGAUGGAAAUCAUGCAGAUAUGAUUAAACCAUAUUAAAAAGCCUUCACUCACUACCUGGGGGCACGGGGAGCACAAACAAGUGCGUGUUUGUGUGUGCCAUCAAGCGUACAGCUCCCACCUCUGAGUGUCUCGCACAUAGGCUGAGUGAGGCACAGCUGUUGAAACUAAAUAAGGGUGGGGAGAAUUUUCUCUGGAUCACUGUAGGUAUUUUGGUGCUGUGAAAAGCAGUUUUCUGAUCAACAUCUCAGAGCAGGAAGAGACAGAUCCUUCUCUCAGCUCUUGUUCAAAACUCCAUCUAUGUAGGAUUUUGUUUCUUUACAAAAUUCGUUUUGCAGAGACCAAGGGUGAAGUUUAUUUAUGAGGAGUCAUAUUAAUUUCAAAUGUAGUUCUCUAUGUUUUGUCUGGUUAAACAAAUGUUCAAUUCAUCUAAGACUUUAUUCAGUGCCAUGCAAACAAAUCCAGGUUAUUUAAAUCCAUCGGCAGGUUUUGGUGAAGGUCAUUGCAGCUGCUUUCCACUGACUGGAUAAGAAAAGGCUUAGGACCACUACUCUAUCCUGGGAAAGAUACUGUCUGCUGCAGCACAAAUAUACUGGCAUUUGGAAACAAUUCCUAAGUUGAACAGAUUUGAAAAUAUUCAAUUUUAUCAUCUGGUAAGAGUGAGCAAGCUGUUGUUGGUGAUUAAUUUUUUUUUUGUUAAAGUUGGUAAAAAAAAUAUUUAAAUUAAGGACUAUUCAGCAAUAUAAUAUUUAAUAGUAUUUAGUAAUUUUAGAUUCUACUUUUAGGACAUUAUUUUUCCAAUAGCUGCAUAUGAAGCUUCUUUUUACACAGGCAUUAUUUAAGGCAACUAAAGAAUCUGUCCAGUUUGAAGCAGUGUUCUCAUUACACCUGGCGGCCAGCUCCUGUUUAUUUUGCAGUUGAGAUAAGAGUUUAAACUACCUUACUGUCCUGAAACAGUGCUGUAAAGUUAAAAUACUUUCUUAGCCAAGACAAAAUUAAAACUGCUUAUUCAGACGGGGAAAAAAAACAGAGCAAUUUGUAUAUUAAUUAAACUAAAAAAAACAAACAAAAAAA